AUUGGAUUGUCUAGAUAAGGUCCUGAUGUUAGGUAAAUCCUUGGCUAAACUCGUACAGUUUGCCGCAGUCACUAUUAGUUUUUGUUCCCGAAAAUACAAGAUUCAAGACUUGUAUGAGAGUUGAUAUUGUCGCAUUAGUAAUUACUACCCUAAUUUAGACAUCAAGCAUUGAACAUUUAUAAACCUAUAUGAUCGAAGUAUAUUGAAUAACGCAUUCAAGAUACUAUAGGAGCGAAAUAUAAGAUAAGAGCAGAGGUCACAAUUCAAGUAAAGGAUACUAGCAGGGGUGGCCAAUUUGACGUCCGUAAAUUUGUCCGAGACGUACCAAUUCGUGACUUUUCUAUAUGAUCCAAACAAUAUUGAUUUAAUUUGUGUUUUAUCCGGAAUUAAAUAGAGAAAGCGGCGAUGAUGAUGAUUUUAAUAAUCGACAGAGAAUACAUAAUAAACAAAAAUAUUGUUAAUUGUUGUGGGAAAAAAGGUUAUACGUACUAUCGGCAGAUGAAACGAAAGGAAUUACGCGUCCGGCUCCGGACUUUUUGUCUUACGUCACUUCAUCUUCAUCCACUGUUGAGGCAGUGCAGCAGACGUCAGUGAUGAGUUUACCGUAGGCUUACGUGAUCGAAGUUGUUGUUUUUAUUUACCUGACUACGGCGAAUACGAUCCCUUCUAUGACGAUGGCUGCCAACGAGUCGGCUCACAUAGUGACUUCUGUCUCAAGUUUGGAUGUGAACACGAGCCUAGUGAUCGCGGUGUGCGUUCUGGGCACCCUGGUGGGCGUGGGGCUGCUGCUGGUGGUGGUGCUGUUACUGCUACGUAGCGAGUGUUGCGGCCUCUCGCCCUGGCGUUGGACGGCGAAAAAUCACCGCCGCAAUCGCAGGUCAAGAACAGAGAUGGAACUCGAGCAGCUGGCUGAAGGUGCCGACAACUUCAUAACUGACUCCAUGCUACCGGGCAACAGGACCGGCGCGUCAGAAAACCUUGGUAUCCGCUCACCGAACCACUGCAGAAUUCCUGCUCUUCGAAUGCCAGAAGAUUUCAGUCCCAGUCCUCCCUUCCCCCUGGGGGCGGAGAGACAGAAAGCGAGUCGUGACAGGCUCCCGUCCCCUCAACAAAACCGACGUUUGACCGCGCUGAAUACUUUCGCUCCAAACACCAUCGAAUUGCAGGAAAAAGGUGCCGAUACAUUUUCAGGAACAAACUGUUCGAGGGUGAAACCAGUCAAAACUAUUGGUUUUAGAGGGGAAUAUGAAAGAAUCCCAAACACUUCUAUGAGGGGUACAAGUGAUAGGAUCUGCAAUCAUCGAGUAUGCAAGCCAAACGCGUCUGGAGCAGACGGUUAUCCCGUGUCUGAAGACGACGCAGACAAUCAGUGUAAAGGUUUUGGCCACAGUUACUACAAACCUGGGGGAUUUUCAGCUUACAUAGCACAUACUAUUUUCGAUGUAAAAAGAACGCGUCACAAACCCCGCGGAGCCGACCGUAGGAACUCCAAUUCUGUGUAUGCUAAAAUCCCUUCAUGUUCUGAGUCAGAUGAUGACAAGAAAAUGAAGCCAGAUGAAGCAUACAGAGCUAAUCGCUCGGGCCGACUUCCUCGACAGACCAAGCAUGAAAAAGUUCUCCCUGAUCGUGCCGUGCCCCGAGACCGCGAGAGUCACAGACUGAGAGUUGUGCCUUGCGCUGCCCACCGUCAGCAGAAAGCAUUGGUCGAAGAUAGCCCUCCGCUGGCCAGCUCGAGCAGGAACACCUCGGCUGAUGGCAGCAGGAGCACUUACCAGCGCUACGACUCUUUAGAAAGAAAGCCCCAGCAGCUGCAAGAAAAGUCGUGCAAAGCUCCUGUUGAGCGGGCAAUGCAAGGAUUUCCUGACCAAGUGAAAUGUAAAGUUUUAAAGAGAAGCGGUGAUACGGUGAACAAAGGACAACAGGAGUCUUCUUCCAGUCAUUCUGAUCUUCCACGCCUCCAAACCUCCCAGGCAUCUAAGGAACACAGGUAUCAUCAAAACGUUGUUUUGGAUGUCCGCAAUUCUGUACAACCAUCCUCAUCCUUAGCGGGCGCUACAAGUUUCUGUCCGACCUCUCAAGAAACCACACGUUAUUCCAAUAAUGAGAUUCCGGUUGCUGACAAUCCAAACAUAUGGGUAGAAUCUUGUCCCAAGACUGACAAUCAGCUGCCGAGUUUUCGUCCAGAUAACGCUACUUCCUCUCACUCUGGACGAGCCUAUAUUUACCAAGGUCUUCGGAAUGCCGUGAACGUUUCCCGCCCCGAGUCAAGCCUUUACAACACUCUGCCGAACUUACACGGCACGAGAAAUAAUGGCCGCGUCUCACUUCUGUACCAUGGCAGUCCGCACUCGUCAGUCCAAUCGCUGAAGCCUCAUUCGAAAAUGUUGGAAGACUCGUCUUCGUUGGGCGAUUCGCGUUUUGUGCGUAUAUCAGCCGCCAACACUCCGCUGGAUCAAAGAGGACAGAUUCACCAGCCGGCUAGUGAUCCUCAUCCAUCUUUGAGAUCCCAUCUCCAGCCAAUGAUGAAUUAUAGUUUCAAAGAUUUGCUGCAGUCGGAAAUUGCCAAUGCGGAAGACGGAGAAAAGGACGACGCCGAAAUAGCCCAGAUAAUAUCCCUUCAGUCCAUCUCGACAACUUCAACCCCAUCGCCUCCGUCAGCAGCGGGCGCAGCAGCUGCUGUGGUCGCCAGCCACGAUGCCGAAGACUCCACUCGCCUACAAGAAAUCAAAGAAAGCCUUUCGUUGCUUGACUCUCGUGACAUCGUUGACCCGACAACAGCGUCGAUGUCAUGGGAUCAUCUGACCCCUGACCCCUCUCCUGUGUACAACGUUGGUGCAAACGGCAACCGCGAGUCUCACUAUACGCCAAGUUGCAUCAAAACAAAAUCGCGGUCAUCCCAAGACUCAUCUCAUCUGCCUGUUCUGUCUGAAACUCACAAUUUUUCUGAUACUUUUGCUAGACAGUACGAACUUAAGCCGUUCCAGAAGUUUUAUAGUUCAUUGGAUUCAAGGAUAAUCCUGGAUUCAAUCAAGGAUAUGGAACUUCCUACAGAAAUAAACGAAGAACCGCGUCUAUUUAGAAAACGCGAAGUGUUGGAAAAUCCGACAAGGAAACUGAAUGCUUUCGAGUUGGCAAGCAACCGCGCUGCUAUGGAGGAGACUCGUGGACGCAGAGGUGUUGGGGUGCGGCCAACGAACAUCAACAGUAGGUUUGCUUUCAUCAGCGACACUCACCAUCAGCCUGAAGAAUCGUUCAAUGAUUCUCUUCGUCCUUCGAAGAAGCUUUUCUCUUCAACGGAAAACAGCUUCCAGAAAACCGACAUGAGUUCGGGAACCACUCCACCAUUUCUGCAGGACGCUGCCAAGCCCGGCAGUAAAAGCUACGUGGUGAGGUGAUUUUCUUGC